AUGCUAUUUCAAGGCGCCCUUUUUGCCGCCUUGCUAGGCACUACGGUGGCCAGCAGCGGCUCCAAUUCCAAAUGUCUAUCCUCCAACACGGUCGGGGCGGCCAACUACCAACUCUGCUGUCCUGAAGGCCGAGGCUCCGGAAAAGGAACCGUGGGAGAUUCCGUCUUUGAGUUCACCUGCGGCCAGUAUCUCACCGGCAAAAGUGGCGCGGGCACGCAGCACCGACAGGUGAACAGUGCCAAGGACUGCGCACAGCUCUGUUCGAGUCCGGACUGUCCCGGGGCCUCCUGGCACAGCACCGGAAAGAAGUGUUUCGUGCUAGGCAGCGGAAACACCGACUAUGCUCCUUACUCGCCGGCAAGGGAUUGGAUGGUCCUGACCAAGUCGGCGGAGACCCCCGAGGAUCCCGAUCCGGAGGAGGAUUGCAAGGAAUUCAUCGAUGCGGCCAAAGAGACUGCCGCUGCACACUCUCAGUGCCAGAAAGAGAAGGAUGAAAUUCGCCAGCAGGGUGACAGCAAGCUACAGCAGUGUCAGGCUGAUAAAGACAGCGCUCUCACCAACGCCAACGCUCAGUGUGCCACGGAGAAGGAUCAGCUUCAGAAGUUGGUGGUUGAUGAUGCUCGAUCGCAAUGCAAGUCCGAGAAAGACGCCGCCGCCUCUCAAUGUGAGAAGGAGAAGGACGAAAUCCGCAAGCAGGGCGAGAGCCAGCUGCAGCAGUCCAAGUCCCAGUGUGACGCCGAAAAGGCAGGCCUCCAGCAGAAGAUCAAGGAGUUGGAAGAAAAGGCCUCGUCGGUGGGGAGUGGCACUGGUGGUGGUCAGUGGCUGUCGGUCGAUGAGAAGUGUCGCAGCAACAGCUGGAGAAGUCUCUGCGAUGGCACCUGUUCUCAACGACAGUUUACUCUUGGCGGGGUGGAUUUCCAGGUCAAAUGUAAUGUCCGCACCAACGGAGCGGUUGAAGAGAUCUGGUGGUAUCGCCAAUCGAUUCUGGAAUGUGCUGAAGCAUGUGCCUUGAAUCCACGUUGCUUGGGAGUGGGAUGGAGG